AUGUCUUUUCCAAGCCACAGACCCUGUCGAUACAUCAGGCGCGAUGGAGAACUAUCCAAGAGUUGGUUUCAUAAGCUUCCGGUCCUCACUCAGCGUGAUUCUGACCCUACAUCAACCCCUCUCUGCUCCGGAUGCGACAAUUUGGAUCUUCCGGGUAUCGUUGCCCGUAUGCGACUCAUGCGAGCCGAUCGUGAUAUGAACAGAAUUGCGUUGCCUCCUUGGACGGACUCUGCGGGUUUCCCUCUGAACGAUGGUGCUUGCGCAUUGUGCGCAAUGUUCACAGCAAAUUGGGAUGGUAGAGGAGACAUCCACAUCGAAUGGAUGGGUUCGAUCUACUCUGGCGUAAUAGGCAGGCUCUCUUCGUGGUCUCCGGCGCCUGUGGUGUUUUACGAUUUGUGGUCGACGAAAACAGCAGUGUUUGAGAUAAGUCCAACACAGGAUAGUCACCUGGAUCCUAUGUCGCGUCUGUUGAAUCCAAGCUCUAUUGACUUCGACCGAAUACAGCACUGGUUGCAGUCCUGUUUCAACGCUGACAUGGUACCGCAGCCUCGUCAAAAGACGGCCUAUCUGCGAGGAUUCCGCUUGAUCCACUGCAGAUCACGUGAGAUCACCAGGCCUUCACAAGAGUGUCGCUAUGUCGCACUCUCUUAUGUAUGGGGCAAAAACCCACUAGAAAAAUUGCAAUGCCAGCGCUUCCCGCGGACCAUCGAAGAUACUUUCAGCGUUUGCCUGAAACUUGGAUUUGAAUAUAUCUGGAUCGACCGCUACGUAAGUGUGCCACGAGGCUGCUCAAAAUUGCCGAAGAGGUUCUCAACGAGGCAGUGUAUCGAUCAAGACAAUCAUGAAGAUAAACAUGCUCAAAUUAGCCAGAUGGACGUCAUCUACUCUGAGGCGUCAUUGGUUAUUAUAGCUGCAGCUGGCGAUGAUCCGACAUACGGACUACCGGGAGUGAGUGCUCAGGCUCGCAUACCCCAGCAGUCUAUCAAGUUAAGGAACUGUACAUUGCUACAGACAUUUCCGGAAGUAUGCAAUGAAAUCGAGGCAUCUACAUGGAUGAGCCGUGGAUGGUAA